GAGGGAGGCGCGGCGUCGGCGCCCUCCUCUCCUCCUUCCCCUCCUCUCCCUCCGCUUCUCCCCGCGGUGUCCUUGUCUCGGCAUAGACCGGACUAAGGCAGCAGGCGGGAGAGAGAAAGACACACACACACACGCAGUGUCCUCCGGCCGCGCUUUGGUUAUUAUUAUUAUUAUUUAUUAUUAUUUAUUCGAUUUUUAUACCGCCCUUCUCCCGAAGGACUCAGGGCGGUGUACAGCCAAAUGUGAGCCCCAGGAGGGGAGGAGCAGCCGGGCCGGGCGGAGCUGCCCCGCUGCAGCGCACGAGGAUCCGGAACAAGCUCAGCUUCCUUCUCCCCAGCUCUUGGGAAGCCCAAGCCCUCCGUGCCUGCCGCCGCCGCCGCCUCGUUUUGGCCUGCCGGCUGGCUCGCUCCCUGGCUUCUGAAGCCACCCCACCCGCGGGGCGUCUUCACUCGCAGCCGGCCUGAAAAGGCUGCCGGUUUGCCUGCUUUUUUUUUUUGCGUCUCUGCCGCCCGCUUUGCCUGUCCGGUUGCUCGCUUCGUCCAACCUGCCCUUUCCCCCACUCCCCCACCCACCCACCCAGCCGCCGCCGCUGCUGCUGCCUCCUUCUCCUGCCCGGCUAUCCUUCUUCUGCUUCUGCUGUGGUGGUAGGGAUCGCUCCUGGUCCCAGCCGGCCGCUCCGAACUACCCCGCUCAGCCGUCCUUGGAGGUGAAGGGAGGCGCGUGUCCCAAGUUCAAGCCCGCUCGCUUGGAAAGCGGAUUUCAGGCACAGCGACUGGACGAUCGGCUGGCGGAGCAGACCGGGUCUGAACCCUCCUCUCCUCGCCUCCCUCCCUUCCUUCCCUCCCUCGCCCUGCAGAGACGGUCCCGGGGAAGGGAAGGCGCAGCCGGGCGCCCCCGUCCUAAGCUGGCCCUUUCCUAACGAUGAGCGCUUCUUCCCCUGAGCGAGCGCCGCUUCGGGGGGAUUUCUCCGCGCUCCUUUCCGUCGGUGGCAUUCGCUGAUUCCGCAGACCCUUCCGCCUCCUCCUCCUCCUCCUCCUCCAAUGAAGCCUUGACUCGCCGGGCAGGGUCGUCGGAAAUCCACACGCCCCCUUCUCUCUCUCUCUUAUCCGCCACCCGCUUUCCCGAAGGAAAACGUCGAGGAGCGACCAUGCCGGCGCGAUGCCCCGAGAGGCCCCGCUGCUCCUUCCGCGCUUUGCCUUUCCUCUUUGGCGCAGCUGCCCUGCUGGGGUUGCUACCGGUGCUUCAGAGCUCCGGCUCGGAUGCUCCCAUGGAGAUCACGUCGCAGCCCAGCUUGGUGACCGAGGGCAUCACCGCCUCUCCGCCGGUUCCCGCCGAGAGCCCCCCCGACGCCGAACACCCCAAGAACGUUUCCACCAACGGGCACGGCAAGCAUCGGAAACUUUUCCCCGUCCUGGCCCUUCAGUACGACGAGGUCCACGUGCCCUUUGAGAUUACGCUCUGGAUCCUGCUGGCCUGCCUGAUGAAACUAGGAUUCCAUGUGAUUCCGACCCUUUCCAGCAUAGUUCCUGAGAGCUGCUUACUCAUUGUCGUAGGACUGCUGGUUGGUGCGCUCAUUAAAGCCGUGGGGGAAAACCCUCCAGUCCUGAAUUCCAAAGUCUUCUUCCUCUUCCUUCUCCCACCCAUCAUCCUGGACGCUGGUUACUUCUUGCCCUUGCGCCAAUUCACUGAGAACGUGGGCACCAUCUUGAUUUUCGCGGUGAUUGGGACAUUAUGGAAUGCUUUCUUCGUAGGCUCUCUGAUGUAUGCCGUGUGCCGGAUAGGUGGCCCUCUUUUAUCAGACAUUGGUCUCUUGGACAACCUGCUCUUUGGCAGCAUCAUCUCCGCGGUGGAUCCUGUGGCUGUGCUGGCUGUAUUCGAGGAGAUUCACAUCAAUGAACUUUUGCACAUCUUGGUGUUUGGCGAGUCGUUGCUGAAUGACGCCGUUACUGUGGUAAGUAGAGCGCAGCUUUCACAGAGCUGGCUCUGUCCUGGAAUAAAGGAAGAUUUUGUGGAUUUGGGGCUGAUUGCUGCCGGGGUGGUAAUGCGCCCUUACGUGGAGGCCAAUAUCUCCCACAAGUCCCACACAACCAUCAAAUAUUUCCUGAAGAUGUGGAGCAGCGUCAGUGAGACCCUCAUCUUCAUCUUUCUUGGUGUCUCCACCGUGGCCGGGAAGCACCACUGGAACUGGGCCUUCGUCAUUUGCACCUUGAUUUUCUGCUUGAUAGCCAGGGUUUUAGGUGUGCUGGGGUUGACGUGGUUCAUCAACAAAUUUCGCAUUGUAAAGUUGAGCCCGAAGGAUCAGUUCAUCAUUGCCUACGGUGGCCUGCGAGGGGCCAUCGCCUUCUCUCUCGGCUACCUUCUGGAACAUAAGCAUUUCCCGAUGCGAGACAUGUUUCUCACAGCGAUCAUCACAGUCAUAUUCUUCACGGUCUUUGUGCAGGGGAUGACCAUCCGCCCUCUGGUAGAUCUUCUGGCGGUGAAAAAAAAGCAGGAGACCAAGAGGUCCAUUAAUGAGGAAAUUCACACUCAGUUUCUGGAUCACCUCUUGACGGGAAUUGAGGAUAUAUGCGGCCACUAUGGACAUCACCACUGGAAGGACAAGCUAAACCGUUUCAAUAAGAAAUAUGUGAAGAAGUGCCUGAUUGCUGGGGAAAGAUCCAAAGAGCCCCAGCUGAUUGCCUUCUAUCAUAAGAUGGAGAUGAAGCAAGCAAUUGAGCUGGUGGAAAGUGGAGGGAUGGGCAAGAUCCCCUCGGCCGUCUCCACCGUUUCGAUGCAGAAUAUCAAUCCGAAAACCUUGCCGAUAGAACGCAUUUUGCCAGCUCUGUCCAAGGACAAAGAGGAGGAGAUUCGAAAGAUCCUGCGCAACAACUUGCAAAAAACCAGGCAGAGGUUGCGGUCAUAUAACCGACACACCUUGGUAGCAGAUCCUUAUGAAGAAGCCUGGAACCAGAUGUUGCUGAGAAGACAGAAAGCUCGGCAGCUGGAACAGAAGAUGAACAACUACCUGACGGUGCCAACACAUAAAAUAGAUUCACCAACCAUGUCAAGGGCACGCAUUGGUUCAGACCCUCUGGCUUAUGACCCGAAGCCGGAUUCUGAGAACGUCCCCAUCAUAACCAUUGACCCAGCGUCCCCCCAGUCCCCGGAGUCGGUUGACUUGGUGAACGAGACCCUGAAAGGGAUGAACCACCUUCCACCCUCCCCGGAGGAAGAUGAAGAUGAGGAGGGUCUGAUCAUGAAAGUCAAAGAGCCAUCUUCUCCAGGCACAGAUGACGUCUUUACUCCUGGGACAGGCGACAGUCCCAGCAACCAACGGAUUAUGAGAUGCUUGAGCGAUCCAGGGCCCCGGCCAGAUCCUGAAGAGGGGGAGCCCUUUAUCCCCAAAGGGCAGUGAGCCCCCAUAUGCACUACUAGACCUAACCUGUAGGGGAGGCUCUUGCACUCCUGUGCAAAUUACACACAACCAGUUAUGCUGAUCUCUAUUUCUUUGUGUCUUUCUCUUCUCUGUUUCUUUCUCUUCAGUGCGGGAGCUUUGCUUAGAAGGCAGCAGAGAGCAUCUAAACGGAACAUAUUUUGUGACCGGAGGCAAUAGAUCUAGAAUUAACCCAGAUUCCAUAUCCAAAGUUGGGAACGCCAAUCGUUCUAUCCGGAGAUUAUCUCCUCCUGGAUAGUAGCAUGCUCUGACUCACCGUUGCCUUUUCUCUACUGGCAACUGCACCUUCUCGUUUCCUUCAGAGAAACAUCUGUGCUAUAAUUCCCUCCUCCCAGUUUUGAGACGCAUCCGAAGAGCUGAGGACCUUUGGGUGCUCAAAUAUAUCAGAUGGCUGCUGCAGGGAUAUCCUGCGUAGGUAUUGGAUGAUCAUAGGCACAGGUUUCUAAGAUUUCAAUAAAAAAUAAAAAUAAAAUCUGAGGCACUGGUUGACAGAGUUUCCAUCCUCAGCUGUAACGCCAUGUUUCCUCUUUAUCUUUCCUUCUAAGCAGUAGAGUUUAUGAGUUAAAUUUUGUGGGCUUCUUUUUAGAUCCCAUAAGCCUAUAGAUAACUGUUCUAAAUUCUUGGCGUUCCAAAUCUAGCAUCACAGGUUUUGCCUUAUUUUAUGCUUGUAAUGGUAUUUCCCUCCCCCCCACCCCCGUUUAAUUUGAUACAAAUGAGCAGGUUAACCGUCAUUCUGUCGAUCAGGAAGGUCGGUAGUUCGGCGGUUCAAAUCCCUAGUAUAGGUCUCCUGCAUGAGCAGGGGGUUGGAGUAGAUCAGGGGUCUCCAACCUUGGCCACUUUAAGACUUGUGGACUUCAACUCCCAGAGUUCCUCAGCCAGCUUUGCUCUGCUGGCUUUGCUGAGCUUUGCUGGCUGAGGAAUUCUGGGAGUUGAAGUCCACAAGUCUUAAAUUGGCCAAGGUUGGAGACCCCUGGACUAGAUGACCUCCAAGGUCCCUUCCGACUCUGUUACUGUCAACCAAAGAUUGCUCUUGCACCCAUUUUUUGAAUCUAUGGCUAAGGAGGCAUGGGCACGUGAUGUCCAGCUCUCUGUUUAGCUGAUCGGGUCACUGGCCAUCCAAACGAGAAGCUGAGGAAGGGUCUGCAAAUGGCUUGGGCCACUCUUCUCCCAGGGAGUUGCAUAGCAUUUGCAGUCCAGCACAUCUGGAAAGCGCCAGGAUGAAGAGCCCUCCUAUGUGUGUCCUCUUGGCAGACUCACUCCUCGUUGUCCUCGACUGAAGCUGGGCGAUUUCAGUUAAAACGGGUGUCCACACAGCCCACGUCCACUCCAAAGGCAUGUUUUGACCAAAGAUGACUAUGUGGCUGUACAUAGAAGAUUGCUUUAUUUUUUUUAUUUUUUUAGUUUUUAACAAUAGAGUAUAAUUCUUUCUUGAAGAGAUUCUUAAUUCCGUGAAAGACACUAGGAUGUCAGUGAGGAACUAUCCUACUACCCUAUAUCUGGGGACCAUGCUACUAUGCUUAUGACACAGGUUCCCUCUCUCUCUCUUUUGUCUGAAAAGCUUCAAUUUUUCCCUGCCUGUAAGUUGAGAGCGUGAAACAAUAUUAGGGGACUGGUGUCGGCCUUACCAUCUAGCAAUAUCUGGUGUAGAGAAGACGAGAUGCUACCUAGCCUUCUCUCCUUUUAUCAAUAUCUAUCUUCAGUCAGAAUAAUUCUUGUCUUUUCUUCCCCAUCCUUCUCUUUUCUGGUCCUUGGUGCUACCUGGGUUUAUUCUGUUCUCCAUCCAGUCUUCAUUCUCCAUCAUUCAUACUAUGUUUUAAUUCCACAACGGGCAUCUUUUUUCUAGAACAGGGGUCUCCAACCUUGGUCCCUUUAAGACUUGUGGACUUCAACUCCCAGAGUCACUCAGCCAGCAAAACUGGUUGAGGAACUCUGGGAGUUGAAGUCCACAAGUCUUAAAGGGACCAAGGUUGGAGACCCCUGUUCUAGAAGGUGGCCUUCUAAUCAAUAAAAGGCCAUCCUUGACUUAACAACUAUCAUAAGUUGAGUUCUAAUCAGAAUAGCGCCGGAAGGGACCUUGGAGGUCUACUAGUCCAACCCCUCUGCUUAAGUGGGAGACCCUGCACCAUUUUAGACAAGUGGGCUGUCCAGUCUCUUUCCUUAUCAUUUCUGUCUCCAUCUGGGGUUCUGAGACUUCAGCCUCGGUCUUGUCCUCCCCCUUCCUCCGAAAUCAUGUUCGAAUUGUGCCAUGGUUAUUCCAGAGUCAGGGAUCAAUACAUUGUAUGUAAUAGCAAGGCACAGUUUCCUGGAAAUGGCAGGAAUCGUGUUUUUAUAUCAGGGGUCUGGGCUGCUACAAACAGAUGAAGUGGCUUGCAGAGCAAGUGGCUUCUUUUGAAUCCUUUGCAAUGAGGAGGAGGAUGGAGGAGAAGACAAAUGCUUGUUCCUGCUUCGUUCCUGUUUUGUUUUAGUCUAAAAACCAUAAAAUUUGAACAAGACUGUAAUCGGACCGGGCCCUACCACUUUCAGAUCGCAGGGGGGGGGAGGGAAAUGUCGACACGAUAGAACGCUUCCUUGCAUAGAGAAUAAAAGUUCUGCAUGUAGAAAACCCCUACGUUGGGGAAGAAGGUUCUUCUGGCCUUGCUUUCUUCCAAUGACAUGCAAGACGUUUUAAUUGUAUGGAAAAGCAUUGAAAAAUGCCCCUUUCCAGAAUCAACCAACUUGAUUAUGGUCCACAAUGACCUUGACUAUUAUCUGCCACUUCUUGGUGGCGGCCCUUAGCCAAAGAUAACCUUCCUUGUUCAGGGUUUUACAUAGUCCCUGUUGCUUAGACCAGAAGAAAUAGAGAGUAGGGAAGUCCAAAAAAGAGGCAGAUUGUAACAUCUAUUUCUGCUUUCUCCAACAUGGCGCUCACCAGAUGUUUCAGCCUCGGCUCAUGCUCUCUGUGACAAAAUACAGACGAGAGGAGUGGUCCAAAACAUCUGGAGGCCUCUAGGAUUGGGGAGUAUUGCAGUUUCUACUAUAUGAGCCGUGGUGGCGCAGUGGUUAGAGUGCAGUACUGCAGGCUACUUCUGCUGCCUGCUGGCUGCCUGCAAUUUGGCAGUUCAAAUCCCACCAGGCUCAAGGUUGACUCAGCCUUCCAUCCUUCCAAGGUGGGUAAAAUGAGGACCCAGAUUGUUGGGGGGGCGGGCAAUAGGCUGAUUCUGUAAACCGCUUAGAGGUAUAUAUAUGUCGAGCACUAUUGCUAUUGCUGUCUCUGGAUAGGGAGGUGUAGCACAGCUCUUUGCAAAGGGAGCAGGACCCCAAUCCUCUUCAGUACAAGGCAGGGAUCUGCAAACCUGGCUCUUUUAAGACUUGUGGACUUCAACUCCCAGAGUCCCUCAGCCUGGCUGAGGAACUCUGGGAGUUGAAAUCCACAAGUCUUAAAAGAGCCAAGUUUGCAGAUGCCUGGUAUAGGGCUAUCGUCCCAUCGUGCUUUUAUCUCUCUGUCCAGUUAUUCCAAAGCGAGACAAAUCGCCUGCUGAUUUGUUUGCAAAGAGUGUGUAAACAUUGAAACUUCUGGUGAGGGAGGGGGACGUAUAAGAAGACAGGGCAUCUUUGGUAUCCGCUCUCCGCGGCAGAUACCAACUCUGGUUUAUUCUCCAGUCUGACCGAAAGCUUUUUUUCCCAAGGAUCGUACCCUGUUACAGAGCCAUGCUAGUGCCUGCUGAUUUUUUUUCAGUAGUACAUAGCCGUCCCUUCCUCCCAAGGCCUCCUACCGUACACUCCCAUCUCCCCACCCCCUACCACGAAGGGGGCGUUUCCUCCCUCUGCCCCUGUGCUGUGCCUUUUUAGCCAUACAGUGUCUGCCUGUGGAAAAAUGGUGUCGUGCAAUUUUGCCUGUUCGUCUGGCCACCAUCUCGGGGCCCCUCUGGGAGGGCUCCUUGCAUUCCCGUGCACCCUUCCAUCCAAACAACGACGACGGGCUCCCGUGUCUCUCUCUCUCUCCCUCCCUCCCUCCCCUCCCCCCCACACCGCCUUUGGUGCAACUCACCCCUUCCUCUGGGCUGGAAGGCCCUUGCACAGCACGGGUGGGGGAGGGCAAAAAGGGAGCCCAGGCCAGCUUGCUUUUCACAGUUCUGUAUUCUCAACUUAAGCUGGGCUUCGCCUCUUGUUCUCUGCUUCAGGCCAAGCGGGAACUAGUGGCCUUCAGUAGCCUCUAUGUGCUUUCACGUACAAUAACUGUCUCCGCUAGGAGCCGUUUAAAGCAAUGAAUCUAUUGUAUAAAAUAUUGUGUAAAGAGAGUCUUUUUACAUAAAUAUUCUAAUAAAUGAAUGUUUUAAUUUUUAA